UAUUAAAUAGACCAAUGGGAGGAAGGUUAAUAACGCUUCGUUGUAUCAGCUGGGAUUAUUGUUCAUACACGUGAUCGAUAACUUGGUUAUUUAAAUGGUAUUUUAGUAAGAAGUUUUAACGUUUUAAAAUCAUAUAAUGAAUUUUAAAUCAGACGAAGAAAAAGAACUUUAUCAAAGUGUUCGAAGUAAACUUAAUCAAAAUUUAAAAGAUUAUAUUACGACUUUAAUUCGUAAAUCUAAAUUUGAUGUGGAAGGCGAAACUGUACCGACAGAUAAAAUAGUGGACGAAGUCAGUAAAUCGACUUGUGAAUCGGAUGUUUUUAAAAAACUUCGACGAUCAUUUCUAAUGGAUAUAGUCCAACAAAAUAAAAUAACUUUCAAUCAAAAUGUGAAAGAAAAUCAUUGUGAAUGGGAAACGAAUCCAAAUCAUAGCUCUGUAUCCAUUAAUUCUUCACUCAGCAGUACAUUAAACCAAUGUGGUUAUUUAAUUGUUGAUGUUAAAGAUUUACAGAAUGCAGAAAAGUUAUUGCAGAGUUCAUUGGUUCGAUCAAAGUUACAAGCUUUAAAUAUACUCAAUCGAAUAUCCUCUAUGGAUCAGUUGAUAUUGCCAUCAAUUUGGACUCCUUUAGAGAUAUCUUUACAAAAUACAUUAUUGCAUUCAGUAUCAAUAGUUAGUGAAUUAUGCUUAAAUGUUUAUAUAAAGAUGUUGAGUUGUUCUUCGCCACAAGUGGUUAAAGAAAGUUACGAUAGUCUUCUUAAGUUUCUCUCGUUACAUUCUAUUGAAGAAAGUCAGGAAAUGCAAAGUGUAUAUUUCUUAUCUAAAAAAGAAAUUUUCCUUCAAGUUUUUAUAACAGUAAAUAAGUUUCAGCAAUAUAUUGUAAAAAGUUGGUUGAGAUAUCCUCAGCAUAUUAUCAAAGAAAUGAUUCGAAAUACAUUUCGAGAAAUAUUAGAAUCAUUGACAGAAGAGGAAAGAAAUUAUAAUUUUUUAAAAGUUUUUAUUAUUGUUGAUCCUCAAGCAAACUGGUUAAAAAAUUGGAUGCAUAGUAAUCUAAGUAGACAGUAUGUUAUAGAUACACUGAAGGAAUAUAGUAAGAUUAUUGAGUGGGCUUUAAGUGUAUUUGAAACUUCAAAUGAGAAAAGACUUAAUAAUAAUUUUGAAACAUUUUUUUCAAUUUAUUUUGUUGGAAGAUUAUUACAAUAUUCUGAAGGAUGCAAACUAAUUCUUAGUGUCUAUUAUGACAUGUCUUUUGUUUCAGGAGUUACAAAUAUUUGCAACUCUCUAAUAAACUAUAUGUGGAAGUUUUAUAAAAUGAAUAAUGAUGUUUUAAAGUCUGGAAUGAAUUUCUUGUGUAAAACAAUUUAUUGUUUGUGGGAAAAUGAAAUUUACAAAUGGAAUAUUGAAGAUAAAAUUGAAAUAUUGCAACAUUUACUAUUUUCUGUUGAUAAGUUGAAAUCUGUUGAACAUUCUGAAGCUAUAUAUUUCUUAAAUCAUUUAGUAAAAUUGAUAAACAACAUCAGUGUUAUUAAUUCUGUUAAAAAGGAUUUAAUGAAUGAACAUUUAAAAAUACAUAAACAAUUUAUUAAUGUAUUUGAUUAUUUGAAACAAUUUUCAGAAUCAGAAGAAAGAAAUUUACAAAUAUUGCAUAAUGAAAUUUUAAUUAAUUUGUUAAACAUAUGUAGAAAUAUAUUAAUUCUACCACAAGGAAUGUUAUGGGCAAAUACAAAUACUAUUAUACCAGUAUUAAUACAGUCUGUUCGAAAUUUACAAUUAAGAAAAUAUGAAAGUCAUACUCCUACUCCUUGUUGCAUGUCAACAUUUGAAAUUUUUGACAAAGAUAAAACAGAGUUAGAAAUAUUUAGGAUUGUGUAUAUAUUUUUGUCAUUUCCAUUAGGUGUCUACUUGCUUACAGAAGCUGAUUUUUUAAUUGAAACUAUUGAUAUUUUAAUAGAAAAUUAUUUAGAAAUAUACAAUUCUCAAUGUUCAGAAAACUGUAACUGUUAUAAAGCUUGUUUAUUUUUGUUUGCAUAUUACCCUUUGAGUAAGCAAAUACUGUAUAAGGAAAAUUUACUGUUAUCAUUUCCAAACAAAAUGUGGCAAAUAUCUAAAGAUGUCAACCAGGAAAAAUAUUUUGAUGAUCAACAAUCUCUACUUGGUUAUCCUACUGUUGAUCAUUUAAAAUGCUUAAUAUUUACACAUUCAACUUUUAAAAUUAUUUUUUCUGAUAUAUUUUCAAAAGUAGAUGUAUUAAAUGCUGAUAAUAUAUGGAAAUCAAUUUGUUUUUAUUCACAUGAUACUUUAUAUGAAAAUGUUGAUAUUAAUAUUAUCAGUUUACAUCUUUUAUCCUUUUUAAUAUGCAAUAUAAAAACAAGUUUAUUUUUUCAGAAAAAAUUUGAUAUUGCAAAUUUCUUAAUGAAAUUGUUGAAUAAUCAUAUUUCUUCAGAUUGUAAUAUUAUUAUUGAUGAAAAUUCUUUAAUAUGGAAUCAUGUUUUAAUCAGAUUGCAUUUAAUUGGUGGUCCAAAUGAAAGAAAACUCCCAUCUAUAUCAUCAUCAAUAAAUAAUGUUUGGCCUUUUUUCAAUGCAGAUUCUGUUGAUAAUGAAUAUUGGAUAGCUUCUUCUGAAAAUUGUAUAGAUAAUCAGUUGUCUCUUUCAAGUACUCAAAUAGAUGACAAAUGGAAAUUUUUUAGAAAUAUAUUUUUAGAUCAUCUAAAAACAAAUAGAAAUAUGUCUUGUCAACAGAUCAGCUUAUUGUUAGAAGAAAUUAUAAAAUAUAUUCCUGUUGUUAAUGCUAAUGUAAGUUUUGGUUGUCAUUCAUCUUUAUCAGAUUUAACUGAAGAUGAAAAAUUUGGUGUAGAACUUACAGUACAUUAUGGAAGCAACUUAAACUUAUUUACUUCUGAAAAUAAUGGAGAAAAUUUAGAAUAUAUUCUUAAAUCAUGUAGAUUGUUAAUAAACAAUAAAAAAUGUGAAGAAUUUGAUAUCUUUUUAGCUACAUUAUUCUUAGCAGUAAAAGGUAAUCAAGAUGUCUGCUUUCAAUUCUGUAAAUCAUAUAUUCAAAGUGAAUCCUGCAUUUAUAAUUGGAUAUUAGCUAGUGAUCAGGCUUUAGAGCAGGAUAGAAAAUUGCAGCUAAUUCAUGCAUUUUUAUCACAAUACUUUGAGGUAAUACUUGAAGAAACUGUACCAUUUAUAUAUUCUGCUUUUCAAAGUGCUGGAAUCCCACCAUCAGUUAUAUUUUGGAAUUGGACAAGUCAAUGCUUUUGGAAUUAUUUAGAUUGGAAUGAAAUAUGUCAUUGGCUAAUAUUAACUAUAUGUAAUGGUGAUUGCAUUUUAUAUUUUUCCGUUGCAAUUUUGAGACAUUUAAAACAAGAUAUUUUAAAACAUGCUCAAGAAAAUUCGUUAUUAGAUUAUUUAAGAGAAAGUGCUAUUCAUAAUUUUAAACUUUGCAAUCAUAUAAUGUUUAUUUUGGAACUGUUUGAAAAGUAUCAUCAUUGUAUACAAGAAAAUAUACACAAAAUAUUAUUAAUUGAUUAAAGAAUUUAUUACCAAAUUUUUCCCUGUUAUUUCUAUAUAUUAAUUUAAUUAAGAAUGAUUAGUUAUCACAAAUGAAAAACUAGAUUGUUAUAUAGAAAUUUUAUUGUUUCUGAUGCUUGUUGUAAAUGUUAUAUAAGUACAUUAGGGAAA